AGUGAUUAGUUUGGGACAAAUAUGGCUGAUAAGGUCACUGCAAUUUUUUGUUACAUCUGAUAAAAGUGUUUUUUUAUUGUGAUAAUCUCGACUAAAAUGUCUUUUCUUCGUGGCUCGACCAACUAUGUGUGGUGCACCACAAGUGUCCUUGGAAAAGGGGCCACUGGGGCAGUGUUCCAGGGUGUCAAUAAACACAAUGGCGAACCGGUGGCCGUGAAAACAUUCAAUCAGCUGAGUCAUAUGCGUCCCUAUGAUGUUCAGAUGCGUGAAUUUGAGGUGUUGCGGAAGGUAAAGCAUGAGAAUAUUGUUAAACUCCUGGCCAUCGAGGAUGACCAGGAGGGUCGUGGGAAGGUUAUUGUGAUGGAACUGUGUACUGGAGGUAGUUUAUUUAAUAUCCUCGAUGAUCCUGAGAACACCUUUGGACUGCCCGAAGGGGAUUUUCUGCUGGUGCUGGAACAUUUGUCUGCUGGAAUGAAGCAUUUGAGAGACAAUAAUCUUGUGCAUCGUGAUCUCAAACCCGGAAAUAUCAUGAAAUUUAUCUCAGAAGAUGGAAGAACAGUGUUCAAAUUGACAGAUUUUGGAGCUGCUAGGGAAUUGCAGGAGAAUCAGCAAUUUGUAAGUCUCUACGGAACUGAGGAAUAUCUCCAUCCGGACAUGUAUGAAAGGGCAGUUUUGAGGAAAUCAGUUACACGAAGCUUCACAGCCAAUGUUGAUCUGUGGUCAAUUGGUGUGACUCUGUAUCAUGUGGCAACGGGAAAUCUGCCCUUUAGACCAUUUGGCGGUAGGAAGAACAAAGAGAUGAUGCACUUGAUCACCACGAAAAAGGCAUCUGGAGUCAUUUCGGGCACUCAGACUUCCGACAAUGGACCAAUUGAGUGGUCCAGGGAACUUCCAGCACAUUGUCAGCUCAGUACAGGACUCAAAUACUACGUGACUCCUCUGCUUGCGGGACUUCUGGAGGAGAAUCAGCAGAAGAUGUGGAGUUUUGACAGAUUCUUCGCUGAAGUGACCAAUAUUCUCAGUAAAAGGGUUCUUCAUGUCUUCUACAUGAACAAAGUCUCUUCCAUCAAGAUCUUCAUGAAUAUGGAUGAGCCUUUGUUCAAUUUCCGGGAACAUAUUCGAUUGCAAACUGAAGUGAGAUCGGAGAAUCAACUUCUCUUCCUGGACAAUCAAUGCCUGGAGGAGAGAGUUGGGGCAGAAACCUCUGUUCGGGGAUAUCCAGAAACCAAUCAGGACACUCCAAUCUUCCUCCUUAGCAUUGACAACAAUAAUGUUACCUUCCCGCCAGAAACUGAACAACCAAAAUUUCCCACAUUCCCCAAUACGGUUUCCGUGGAGAAUGAUGCCAGCAUGGCCAAGAUGGCUUGCAGUGUCGGGCACGAUGCCAAGAGGCGCGUGGAGAUGUUUUCAGUGAUGGAUCGACUGAUAAAGUGUGGUGUUAAACAAUUCAUCAGCAUGCUCAAAGUCCAACUGACCAAAUUGCUGGACAGAGUACAGAAGCUGGAGGAUGGAGAACAGCUUCAAAGCUAUUUUGCCACUUCUGUUCAGCGAUUGGCUCAAGUGACCAAGAAAGCCGGCGAUAGGAGACUCGCCGAGGAAGUUGUUCGAAUUGCAGGAGAAUUGAAGACAAUUAGGGCUUCUUUUGGGAGUCUGGUGGAACCAGUGAAGCAGCUGCACAAUCGCUUUGUGGCUGAUGAUGAUCUCACGCGCCAAUGGACUUCCACAACGAGAGAUAUCAAGUGCCCGUGCAAACAGAGGGCCAAUGAGAAGAUGAAGCACUUUGUGGAUAGGCUGAGGGAAUCCUGGCAGCACCUUCUGAGAGACAGAGCCACAAGAUCUCUCACGUACAAUGAUGAGCAGUUUCAUGCGCUCGAGAAGAUCAAGAUCACAGAGACUGGGAAAAGGGUGAAGAAUCAGUUGAAUGUUGAAGUAAAGCCUGCCCUGAGCCUCAUGGCUGAAUGUCUGGCUGAUUGGUACAAGAUGUCUCAGACAAUUUACCUCCAGACGGCGAUUUUAGAUAAGGAUGCCACUCACUAUGGGGACAUGAUGGAGAAGAUUCGGUCCAAGCUGUGCUUCAUCGUGGACGAGCUGUUGGAGGAUGAGGUUCAAGUGGAGACGCAGGAAAAGGCACCGAAUGGAACUGACGACAAGAUGUACAGUAGCAGUGUUACCAAAACCGUCUACCUGACUCUACUGCAGGAGCUGUUCUCAUGUCAUACGGACAUGGAACAUAUUGUUCGGGACAAUGCUGAGAUUAUUGAAGCCUUGAGGCAUGAUGAGGAAUAAAAGAAAUAACUGUUUUCACACUAA